AUGACCAGCACAUGUGAAAGUCCUUCGUCGAAGAAGACGGAUUAUAAACGGGACAGUAACUUUAUUCUAUUGCAUUUUGUUUGAUUGUAUAAUACGUAUGUCUUAUGGCAACAUCGUAUGUGAAUUUCGUUCUUAUAUAUAUAGGAGUAUGUUUGUCUCAAUGCAAAGACCUCCGACAUUCUUCGGAUGACGAUCUCUUGUUACCCUACUCCAAAUCCCACGGCCCAUCUCAUUCCCACCGCCAUGUGAGGGACUGUCAGCCCGUCUCUCAUGGAAAUGUAACCCACGAAACCUGGGCAGCAAGCAAACACUCUAACUCUCCAGUGUUCAAGUCAAAUAUAUUCAUCUCCGACAUCACCGAUGACUCUGGUGUUCACAGAUGGGCGAGCGGCCACAUCACAGAGGUUCAUGACCCAUUGAGAUCCGUGUCCGUUCUGGAACCAGGAGGCCCUGGAGGGUGCAGGUGGAGUCACAGAGAACUGGUGGAGCUCACUGCCAAAACUAGAAAGUGCCUCGUCGCCCAGAAUGGAGGCUUCUUUGACACUGCAAACGGACAGUGUUUGGGGAAUGUCAUAAGUGAUGGGAAACUGGUGAGGAACAGUGGAGGAAUUCAAAAUGCUCAGUUUGGCAUCCGAAAGGAUGGGACGCUAGUGUUUGGCUACCUGUCUGAGGAUGACAUCCUGGAUCAGGUAAACCCUUUCGUGCAGUUGAUCAGUGGGGUGGUGUGGCUGCUGAGAAAUGGUGAGAUCUACAUCAGUGAGAGCAUCCAGGCAGAAUGUGACAAGACACAGGAGACCGGACAAUUCCAGUACUUUGUGAACGUGAUAUCUGCCCGUACGGCAGUGGGUCACGAUGCAGAGGGCAAACUCAUCCUCUUCCACGUCGAUGGUCAAACUGGUGUAAGAGGUAUGAACCUCUGGCAAGUGGCAAAGUUUUUGAAGGAACAGAAUGUCAUUAACGCCAUCAAUCUGGAUGGAGGCGGCUCGGCCACUUAUAUCCUCAACGGGUCCCUGGCCAAUUACCCUUCAGACCACUGCAAAACUCCGGAGUGGCGCUGUCCACGGCCGGUUUCCACCGUGUUGUGUGUUCAUGAGGGGCUGUGCCAGCCGGAGGACUGCAGCGGACAUGGGCACUGCGUGGAGGGCCGGUGUGUCUGCCAGCAGGACUGGAGCAGCCCAGGAUGUGCCAAUCUCACAUGCCAGACUGAAUGUGGAGAGCAUGGAAUCUGCACUGAGAAUGGAUGUGUGUGUGAUGCUGGAUGGAUGGGUUCAAACUGUAGCCAAGUAUGUGCAGCAGGUUUCUAUGGCGAUGACUGCAAUCAAACAUGUGCAUGCGCACACGGAGGCUCAUGUGAUUCUGUUCACGGACGGUGCACCUGUCCUGCUGGUUUCCAUGGAGAUUUCUGUGAGAAAGAAUGCCCUCUUGGAUUCUACGGGCUGAACUGCAAGCAGCCGUGCCAAUGCCAUGACAUGUGCCCAUGUGAUGCGGUCACAGGAAGCUGCAACACCACAUACCAAGGAGAGAGAAACAUCAGCCUGCACAGAGCUGGUCACUGCCUGGCUACCCAGAUGUGGACGGAAUGGAGACAAGAGGAGAAGGCUCAUGCUCCAAAACCAUAUUUAUCUGAACAAAAUUGGUUGGUUGUUUCCGCUAUCCUGGCAACGUUGCUGCUGGCCAGCCUGGCCGGUAAUCUUAUCCAGACGUGCAGAAAAUGCAAAGCGCGCGGGCAAAAGGCAGACUACUCGUACUUGCCACUUGGUGAGAUUAACGGGUCCAUGGAGCGAAGCAGAGGACAGGGGAUGAAGUCUGGGAAAGUUCUUUUUCAGCAAGAAGACUCUGACUCGCAAGACUCCUCAUAACCAUGUUUCAAAAUGUAUGCAUUUGUGCAGGGUUAUGCAAGUGUGCCAUCCAGCAGAGAGCAAGCGAGCUAGCUAGCCAGAACAAGCCCUCAUUAGUCUGAAGAUGAGGACAGGGUUUUUUUUUCCCCCUGCUGUGAAUCGAUGAGCUUUUGGAAGCGCCUCUUCGUCUUUGGAUUGGGGCGCCCAAAUUGGCGAUGAUGGACAAUGGGAUGGGUGUUAGCAUCCAAACAGCUGUCUGCGCGGCUCAAUGCGUUCACAUGUAGAAGGCAGUUCUCACGCAUGCCAAAUGCCCUGAUUGUGCAGUUUGCAAAUUUUUUGGUUUGUUUGGGUUUUUUUGUACACUUUCAUAUUAGCUGCUAGCAAUGUAAGAACCAGUUCCUCAAGUGACAUCCUUCAUAAUUUAAAAUACUAUUUCACUGACCUCAUUGGAGACUUUUAUUUUGGUCUUCAGAUGAGAAGAGAAGCAAUAUCACCACAAAGCCUUUUUAUUGACAGAAUGGCCCAGUUGUCCCACCUGUUGCCGUAGCAACAGACGUGUUUUGAACUAUGGACUCAUUUUGAAAAAAUCCUUCCUGCAGGAACUUGCCAUACUGCUAUUUUGAAACCGUUUUAUUGAAUGAUUUUUCUUCCUCCUGUGGCUCUAGAGGUCAUUCAGUUUAUUUAGAUUUCUAGCCCUCAGCCCUUUUGUUUCUGUAAACGCCUUGCCAACUCCUGCCAGUUUUGUGUGUUGUCUUAGGCACUUAGAACCAGCUAUAGAAACACGAUAUGAAAUAUAUAUAUAUAUAUUUCAUAUCGUGUUUCUAUGUGUGUAUAUAUAUAUAUAUAUAUAUAUAUAUCAAGGCCUGGACUGUUUUCUCACCCUCACUAGAAAAGCAAGAGAAGGACAUUUAUUUUAUGCCUUGCUCAAAGAUGCUCUUUUUUUCUUCUAUCUCCUUCUCUAUUCUAAAGCAGUGAAUCUAGGCUUUGGGAAGAGAUUUGAGUAAAGUAUUUUGUUCAGGUUCUGUUUUCACUCUGAAACAUGACAUGAAUAUUAUGGAAGAGGAACAUUUACUCGAGUGUGUAGUUCCUCUGUUGUUUCCUGUUUAGCAUUCAAAUAGAUCUAGGCUUGUCUUGUUUUAAGAGUUUCAAAGUUUCAUUGGCAAACACAGAGACAUGUGGACGGAUGAAUUUCAUUAAACCUGUCAAAACGUUCCAGAUCUUAUUAAAUUCCCAAAUCAGCCGAAUAAAGAAUCAUAUUUUUCCCCUUAAAAAUGUAAUUAUUUAUUCAAUUUGGUAGUGCUUGUACUUUCUUUAAUAUAUGCUUAUUUAAAUAAAAUACAGUGAAAGCAAAACACCUAGAUACAUUACGAUAAUGAGAAUUUUGGGGUAAAUUUGCUCACUUGUAAUUAAAAAAUAAUGUUAUUCUGCGAAAUAUAUUUUUCUAGUUGAUAUUCUGAGGUGAAAUAUAGCUUGUAAAUCACCCACAAAGUGAUGUCUUUAGUUACAGAAUUACAGAAAUAUAAUUUCAUAUAUAAUAGUGAAAGGUGUUUGUCAGCGGUGUGAAACAUUUGACCGUUUAUUGACUUCCACCUAGCUCACUGCAUGCUUUGCAUAUCUUCUUCACUGUGAGCAACCUCCAUGCUGAUCGCAUUGACAGUUACAAAGACUUUAAUCCAGGUUUUUAAUACAUUUUUUAUUUUAUUUCAAUCUAAUCAAGGCAGAUGCCGCUCAGGUUAAAAAGGUUACUUGUUUGUCCACUGUUCGGUGAUUAUGCUGAUCAGUGUCUGAGGCUGCUGACUUCUUCUGAGUGAUUUUAUGUUGCAUGUCUUUUUGUUAAACAAUAGUAAUUGCUAUAAAAAGAACAUGUGAAUAAUGAAUAAUGGUACAUCUAGUUUGUUUGCACAAUUCCUUGUGCAAUUAAGUAUUUGAUUGAUUUAAAGUUAUGUUAGAUCGCUCUAAUUCAGAUCGUCUGGUUGCUCUCAGGUUGGCUUGACAUUGAGGUUAGUUACAGCCUCACCUAUGUUCUUGACCUGUUAAUUACUUUCACCCAUUUCUGGUCUUGGGUUCAUGCAGGAUCAUUGGUGGAUACCCUUUCGAAUUUCAAUGAAUGUAUGAAAUAAAAUUCUAAAAAAAUAUGAACUAUGAGAUUUUUCUAUAAGAAAUGGCAAUUAUUUUUUAUAUUGCAUGUAUGUUAGUGCAGAAAAUGGCUGGUUUUCCACUGAGCACCCUCCCAAAAUACAUUCACAGUCCUAAUGUAUAUUUUCUAUACACUGAAUUAGUUACUAAAAUUUGACUUUAUAGGUUAUAUGAGGAUAUACAAAGAGUGACUGCUUCAUACAUGUCAGGCUGCUAAACAAACACAGCUGCUGAUUUAUCUGUUUUGAGAUAGAAUUGAUAAUGAAUGUGUCAGGUCACUAAAGGACACACAAUUGGUUGUCAUUGCACAGACUGCAAAUGGAAGGUGUGUUCUUCCAGAGAAGUUAAAAGCCUGUUUCUCCUGGGUGUGUUCAAUAGAAAAUUGUGUUCAGGAACAUAUUUGUGCUUCUUCAGGUUUCAUUUAAUUUUAUGCUGCUUUGUCAGUAGUAUUUAAAUGCCAUGUCAGUAGCAUUGUUUGUCACUUGCUAUUCUAUUAAACUCCUUGCAUUAUGUUUGGAACAUUAUUCUUAACAUAAUGCAAAUGUGAGACUGUCUUUUCGAGUCCAUGGGUCCCAAAACAGGUCACUUUACCAACCAACAAAACAACUAAUAAAAGCCAUUUGUGCA